UCUUUACUGUUUUCAGCAACAAAAGGUUUCGCAGAAGCUGAGUAAUUUGUCCACUUGAAAACUAAAGUUGUAGGAAAAGAACUAAUGGAAAAGCGUUCCACGUCCACCAUGCAGGUGCUCUAUGCAGAGCUGGCAGCCGCAAAGGCUAAAAGUGCCCAGUUGGAAGAGGAAAUCAUAUUACUACGCCAUCGUCUGAAUCGUGCGUCCUCCAGCCACGGCACCAAUGCGGCCAUGCAUGUGGAGGCCAAGAUCAUGGCCUUUCAACUGGAGGAGGAGCGCGAUCGUCUGCUCGACACGUUGCAGCAGCACAAGAAGAAGUACAACAAACUACACGACGCCUAUCUGGAGAAGGUGAAACGCUGCCGUGCCCUGGAGGAGAUGUUCAAGCGGCAGAAGACACUCACAGGCUUGGUGAUGAAAUCCUCACUAGAUCAGCGACAUGCAGAGCAACAAAUGAUGUUAGAGAAGCGACAGUCAGCGCAAAGUGAUCUCAAUGAAGUGCAAGAACUGAAGGCCAAAGUGGAGAAGCUGCAAAGAGCCCUGGACGAGUCAUAUGAUAUAAUCGAUGAAAUGGAUUUCGAACUGGAAAGCGUGGAGCUACUGGAAAUGCAAAACCAAAGUUUGCGCGAUGAGCUGUCUGCCUUAAAAUCGAGUUCAGAGACAGGAGCCACCAGCUUUGCAGCUUCAGUUCCAAACGAUGAUGAUCCUCCGCCCAAAUACGAUGACGAUUAUCCCGGGGCUCAUCACAAAGCAAUGCUUGCAAGUCGCAACUCUUCCAGCAGUGAAUCCGGACCAAAGGAUGACGAUGCCGAUGCAGAAACCAUGGAGAGAGCAGCUCUAACCCAUAGCUUAAUCCAAACUGCUGAAACGGAGAGCAAUGCCCUGAGACGAGAACUGUUGAGAUCCCGCUGCCAAAGAACUAUACGUAAAAAGUUGGAAGAUGGAAGUGAAGAUGCCGAUUAGGCAAAGUUACAGGUCUCAAGCCACUCAAUUAAAUCCGAACUCAAGCACAAAUAAAAUUUCAACCAAUAGAUCAU